AUGGCGACUCCAUACGCAAAGGCUCUGGGUGUUACGCCUCCGCUAACUUCUGCUGCGCCAACCGCCGCCGAUGAAGCUGCCAAUGACGAACUGAUUUCUGAAUUGAAGAGACAAAACAACUACGAGACUCCCGAGGAGACUGCAAAAAGAUCUGCCGUUCUAAAGUCCCUCCAAGCGAUCACCGAAGAGUUUGUAAGGCAAGUCACCAGAGCUCAAGGUUCAGCCGAGUCUGCCGUCAAAUCGGCAGGAGGAAAGAUAGAGACCUUCGGGAGUUUCAAGCUUGGUGUCAUAGGUCCUGGUUCCGAUAUUGAUACUCUGGUCGUCGUCCCUAAGAAUAUCACCAAGGCUGAAUUCUUCCAAUUCUUCCCCGAAAUUAUGGAGAAGAGUACCCCGCCAGGAACAAUCACCGAGUUGAUGUCCAAGCCAGAUGCUUACGUGCCUAUCUUGACAUUCAAGUUUUCGGGCGUUGAUAUUGAUUUAUUAUUCGGACGUAUUGCGAGUCUCAACCAGAUCCCAAAAGACUUGAAGAUGACGGACCACGACCUGCUGCGAGGAUUGGAGGAACAAGAAGCUCGCUCCCUGAAUGGUGUUCGUGUGGCCGAUGAGAUGCUUACCCUAGUUCCCCAAACCAAAGUUUUUCGGACCGCCCUUCGGACGAUCAAGCUCUGGAGUGCUCGGCGUGGCAUUGUUGGCAACAUCUAUGGUUUUCCAGGAGGUGUUGCCUGGGCAAUUCUUGUUGCUCGUGUCUGCCAGUUGUAUCCCAAGGCCACUGGCUCGACAAUAGUGAUGAAGUUCUUUAAGAUCAUUGAUAAGUGGCAGUGGCCUCAACCAGUUCUACUCAAAAAUAUCGAGACCGGCACACUAAAUCUUCAAGUCUGGAACCCACAGAUCAACCACACUGACAGAAGACACAUCAUGCCAAUCAUAACCCCCGCUUACCCCUCUAUGUGCACAACCCACAACGUGACUCGAUCGACCAUGGCAGUUAUUCACAAAGAACUCAAACGUGGCGGUGAGAUUGCUGACCGAGUCAUGAUGGGCAAAGCAAAGUGGAAAGACUUGUUCGAGAAGCAUACCUUUUUCACAUCUAGCUACAAAUACUACCUUUGCAUAAUCACAGCUAGUACUUCGAGCGAAGCACAAACAAAAUGGGCAGGUUUUGUUGAAUCUAAAGUUCGCUUGCUCGUCGGCAAGCUUACGGAGCAGACAUCUAUUGCCAUUGCCCAGCCGUUCAACAAGGGUUACAACAGAGCACACAGAUGUAGGACAGAUCAGCAAGUUGAGGAGGUCAAGACUGGAAGUCUGGAGUAUUAUGCCAAGGACAUCGGUACAGCAACAACCGGCCACGGUUUGGCUGUAGGGGCCUUGCUGAAGGACGAAGCUACCUGUGAACAUGAGAGUACGAAUGGCGAUGAAAAGCUGACAAUGGUCUACACGACCACUCACUACAUUGGUUUGAAACUCCACGAAGGAGCCAAAUCUCUCGACCUCUCCUGGCACGUUGAGGACUUUAAGCAUACUUGCAGCGGCUGGGAUCAGUACAAAGAUGAUGUUAAUGCUCUACACAUUUCACACAAGAAGAACUACGAUCUACCUGACGAUCUCUUUGACGAAGGCGAUGUCAAACCCGUCAAGCCUGCUCGGCCACAGAAGAAGUCAUCCAACAAACGUACCUCGUCCGAUGAUGCGAAUCAACCGUCGGCGAAGAGACAGCAAACCUCUGUAGCGGCUAACGGCUAA